AAGAAUGUGCUGAUCCGAGGAAGAUGACCCUCUAUGCCAUCUGCCUUGCCAAUCGAUCUGCAGCACUUUAUCAUCUGCGAGAAUACCACUACUGUGUCAAAGAUAUAGAUGAAGCAUUAGAGCAUCAUUACCCAAAGGAACUCAAAUACAAGCUUUACAAACGGAAAGCUCGACUAUUGUCCCACAUGAAGCAGCACAUUGAUGCUCGUGAUGCAUACCGUCAAGCUCUCAAGUGGCUGGACUGGGCCAAGAUGGAGAGGGAAAAGAGGAUUGAACAUCAGACAGACAUUCAAAAAUGGCUCAAAAUGUAUGAGACUGGGAAGGUUGUCAAGAAUUGGGAUAUACCUGAGGGCUAUAUAGAACCUGCUCCAAUAAUUCCUGACCUUGCUGAAGGUAGCAGUGAGCGCUUCCCUUCACUCAGUAAGAAAGUCGAUGUUAAAUAUGACAACAACCAAGGUCGUUAUGCUGUUGCUGCUGAGGACAUUGAGCCGGGAGAUGUUAUUGCCACAGAAAAGCCUUUUGCAGCUGUUCUUCUACGGGAGGAAUAUGGAAAUCAUUGUCAGAAGUGCUUUAAAGUAACUAAGGCUCCAAUACCAUGCAAAAAAUGUUCCAACGUGUUGUUUUGUUCAGCCGAGUGUCGUCAGGAAUCUUUCUUCCACACCAUUGAGUGUCCAAUCCUAGAUCUGCUGACAGGAUCAGGAAUGUCCAUUAACUGUUUCUUGGCAUUCAGACUUGUUACACAGUAUCCCUUAUCAUUCUUCUUGGAUCUUAAAGACCAGCUUGUCGAAGAAGACCCCAAGGUAAUUUUUGUCUGUAAUACUGUACUGCAUAUGCAUUUUUAAAUUAUGAGUUAGCCU